GUCACAUAUUAUACGUAACCAUUAUCUUUAUCUGUUCUGAAAAUUGAGACAUUGAGAUUUAACUUUGUGCUUUUCCUCUCUAUUUCAGGGCAUUAAAAUGACUUUUGAUUUCGCUAUGUUGUUGCUUUUUGCGAGUACUGCAUUUGCAGCAGACAGUAUUGUGCCUAUUCCCCUAAAGUGCUUUGAUUGUAAGAAUAUAAAUGACCUAAGCUUAUGUAAUACAGUGACGACAUGUAAUCCGGAUCAGGUGUGUUAUGUUGAGCAGAAUGAGGGCAUUGAUAACGUUACAACUUCUUCAAUGGGAUGUGCAAACAAACAUCCAUGCAUUGACGUAACUAGAUUUCGGAUAGAAAAUAGUAAUUUAUUCAGUCAUGGCGUGAUAGUAGGUAAACGGAGUACCGGACUAGCAUCAUGUUCCGUUUGCUGCGGCGACUCUUUGUGUAACAACGUGCAAUGUUUUGCAUUAACAAAAACUCUAAGAGAAUUAUGGAAGGCAGGACAUCUAGAUUUAGCGUCCCUGUCAUACAAACAGUAGCCAUACAAACAGUAGCUAUACAAACCGUAGCCAUAUUAUGUGUCAAUCUUUUAUUAUUGAAAUAAAGCAUUUCAUUGAGUU